UUUCAUGCUCUUCCCAUUCUUAUACCCAUUCUACAUUCAUCAUCUACUCCAUCAAACACCUUCUCUUUCCUUUCUCACACAAAAACAAAACAAUGGCUGUUAUCUCUUCUACCUUUUCUCUUUCCUCUUACAACAGCCUUUUCUUUACCAUUCUUGCUUUUUUCAUUUCUUGCUUUGCUUUCUUGUUUUAUUGCAAAUCUAAAUCCAAGAAUCUAAAUCUUCCUCCAGGGCCAACCGGUUGGCCUAUUGUUGGCAAUCUUUUUCAAGUUGCUCGUUCAGGUAAACCCUUUUUUCAGUAUAUAGAAGAGUUACUUCCAAAAUAUGGUCCGAUCUUUACUUUAAAGAUGGGAACAAGAACGCUUAUAAUUCUAAGUGAUGCUAAAUUAGUACAUGAAGCACUUAUCGAAAGAGGUCCUCUUUUCGCUACUAGGCCACGUGAAAACCCUACAAGAGCUAUUUUUAGCUGUAACAAGUUCACCGUCAACGCCGCCCUUUACGGCCCUGUAUGGCGGUCUUUAAGGCGGAAUAUGGUGCAAAAUAUGCUUAGUUCAAGUAGGAUUAAGGAGUUUCGCCAUGUAAGAGAUGAUGCGAUGGAUAAAUUUAUCGAUCGGCUUAGAAAUGAAGCAGAAAGUAAUAACGGAGUUGUUUGGGUGCUAAGAAAUGCAAGGUUUGCUGUUUUUUGUAUUCUUUUAGCUAUGUGUUUUGGUCUUGAAAUGGAUGAAGAAACAAUUAUCAAGAUGGAUCAAAUAAUGAAAUCAGUCUUGAUUGUUCUUGAUCCAAGAAUUGAUGAUUUUCUUCCCAUUUUAAGCCCUUUUUUCUCUAAACAAAGAAAAAGGGUAUCCCAAGUUAGAAAAGAACAAGUUGAAUUCAUGGUUCCAUUGAUCCAAAAACGUCGAAAAGCUUUAGAAAACCCUAAAUCAGAUCCAAAAGCAAUUUCUUUCUCAUAUUUAGAUACCCUUUUUGGCCUAAAAAUCGAAGGGAGAAAAUCCUCACCGUCGGACCAAGAACUGGUGACCCUUUGCUCGGAGUUCCUCAAUGGCGGGACCGACACGACGGCUACUGCGGUGGAAUGGGGCAUUGCACAACUUAUUGACAAUCCUGAUGUUCAAAAUAAGUUGUACAAUGAAAUAAAAGAAGUAGUGGGGGAUAAAAAGGUUACUGAGACAGAUGUAGAGAAAAUGGAGUAUCUACAAGCAGUAGUAAAAGAAUUAUUACGUAAACACCCUCCAACAUUUUUUUUAUUAACUCAUGCAGUCACUGAAGCUACAACUUUAGGAGGGUAUGAUAUUCCAAUUGAUGCAAAUGUAGAGAUUUUUUCUACUGCUAUAGGGGAGGAUCCAAGAAUUUGGUCUAACCCUGAAAAAUUCAAUCCGGAUCGAUUUUCUUCAGGAAAAGAGCAGGCAGAUAUAACCGGAGUCACCGGUGUCAAAAUGACACCGUUUGGUGUAGGAAGAAGAAUAUGCCCUGGUUUAGGGUUAGCAACGGUGCAUUUACAUUUAAUGAUUGCAAGAAUGGUUCAAGAAUUUGAAUGGAGUGCUUAUCCACCAGAUGAAAAGAUUGAUUUCACUGGUAAAUUGGAAUUUACUGUGGUUAUGAAGAAUAAUCUUAGAGCUAAGAUCAAGCCCAGGACUUAAAAAUGCUUGAAAGGUCAAUUAUGGUAACACAAAUAAUUUUCUAUAUAUGCCAUAUAAUGUGAAUUGUUUUCUAUUAUUGAUAAUGAUACUCUUUUGGAAUGAAAAUAAAACAUUUUAAAUGAAUGUUACUGUAAUUUGUAAUUUA